GCUGAGCAGUCAAGAGCAUUUCUUGUCCUGAGAUCACCCUUCUGAACACCUCUCUGGCUGCUGAAUUUCUGAGACCAUCAUAGCUUGAUUCGACUUCUCAGCUCCAGGCAUUAGAUAAGCCCCCCAAGCUGGGGUGGCAUCGGUCCUGUGAUGGCUCCCCCUGUCAGCUGCUUCCUGUUUGUGGUGCUGUUUUCUGCCAGCUGUAAAGUCAUCACCUCUUCGGAUGAGAUGUGCACGGUGAAAGAAGCCAACAAAACCUAUAACUGUGAAAAUUUAGGUCUCAGAGGAAUUCCUGACACUCUACCAAACACAACAGAAUUUUUGGAAUUUGGCUUUAAUUUCUUGCCCACGAUUCAAGUUACAACUUUCAGCAGACUCAUAGAUCUUAUCUUUUUGGAUUUAACCAGAUGCCAGAUUAACUGGGUACAUGAAGACACUUUUCAAAGCCAUCAUCAAUUGAACACAAUUGUGUUGACUGGAAAUCCACUGAUAUUCAUGGCAGAAACAUCACUUAAUGGACCCAAGUCACUGAAGCAUCUUUUCUUAAUCCAAACAGGAUUAUCCAAUCUCCAGUUUAUCCCAGUGCACAAUCUGGAAAAGUUGGAAAGUUUGUAUCUUGGAAGCAACCAUAUUUCCUCCAUUAAGCUCCCAGAAAACUUCCCAACACAGAACCUGAAGGUUCUGGAUUUUCAGAAUAAUGCUAUCCACUACCUUUCUAGUAAAGCCAUUAGCUCUCUGGGGCAGGCCACCAACCUAAGCCUUAACUUCAAUGGCAAUGACAUUAAAUACAUUGAACCUGGGGCUUUCCAUUCCAGAGUCUUCCAAAGUUUGAAAUUUGGAGGCACGUUUAACUUGUCUGUUGUGUUUAAAGGCCUACAGAACUCUACUACUCAGUCUCUCUGGCUGGGGACAUAUGAAGACACUGAUGAUCAAGACCUUACUCCAGCCAUAUUUGAGGGACUUUGUGCAAUGUCUGUAGAGAGUAUUAACCUGCAGAAGCACCAUUUCGCUGACUUGUCAUCUACCACCUUCCGAUGCUUCACACAACUCCAGGAAUUGGAUCUGACUGGAACUCAUUUGAAAGAGUUACCCUCUGGGAUUGAAGGCAUGAACUCUCUCAAGAAACUAGUUCUCAAUGUAAAUAGUUUUGAGCAAUUGUGUCAAAUCAAUGCUGCCAGUUUCCCAUCCCUUACAGAUCUUUAUAUCAAAGGCAACCUGAGAAAACUUGACCUUGGUGUUGGGUGUUUAGAAAAACUAGAAAAUCUUCAGAGACUUGAUUUAAGUCACAGUGACAUACAGGCUUCUGACUGCUGCAAUCUGCCCCUCAAACACCUGUCCCACUUGCAGUACCUAAACCUGAGCUACAAUAUGCCCAUUGGUCUCCAGGCUCAGGCGUUCAAAGAAUGUCCUAAGCUAGAGCUCCUGGACUUGGCAUUCACCCACUUGCAUGUUAAUGCUCCACAAAGUCCUUUCCAAAACCUCUCUUACCUGAAGGCUCUGAAUCUCUCUCACUGCCUCCUUAAUACCAGCAAUCAGCACCUUCUAGAAGGCCUGCUGGAUCUCCGGCUUCUAAAUUUACAGGGAAAUCGCUUUCAAGAUGGGAGCAUCUCAAAGACCAACCUCCUUCAGACAGUAGGCAGCUUGGAAAUUCUAAUUUUAUCCUCCUGUGAGCUCUUUUCUAUAGACCAGCAAGCAUUCCACAGCCUUGGGAAAAUGAGAUACAUUGACUUAAGCCACAACAACCUGACAGGAGAUAGCAUCAGUGCUCUUAGCCAUCUUAAGGGGGUCUACCUCAAUCUAGCUGCCAAUAGCCUUGGCAUUAUCUCACCCCAUCUCCUCCCCAUCUUGUCCCAGCAGAGCACCAUUAAUUUAAGUCAAAAUCCCCUGGACUGCACUUGCUCCAAUUUUUAUUUCAUAACCUGGUACAAAGAAAACCUGCAAAAACUGGAGGGCUUGGAAGAAACAGUGUGUGCAAACCCGCCAUCUUUAAGGGGAGUUCCACUGUCUGAGGUCAAACUGUCCUGUGGGAUGACAGCCAUGGGCAUUUUCUUUCUUGUUGUAUUUUUACUCUUGUUCGCCAUUCUGCUCAUCUUAUCAGUUAAAUUCCUUCUUAGGUGGAAAUACCAGCACAUUUAGUGCUGGAGGUUUCCAGAGAUGGCAAAUAAAUGUGUUUAGCAAAAUCGCCCUAAGUCGAGGAACUGUUGUCUGAACCAGGCUUCACAAAUUGGUUCCUGGUGCUGGGUGGGGACUUCACUGUUUUUAUGAGUCUCAGAACGAAUGAACCUCCCUGAGAAGGUGGGUAGAAGUUGAGGGAGGGCCCAUGGUAGGGAAAGUCCGAAAGAGUAACCCAUGAGGAGGCCAUUUUCCUUACGUUCACGGACAGCCUCCAAGCACCUCCCACCCUGACCCUGAAAAGAGACCUUCAACACCCACAACUUGACAGCACUGAGGACCCCAGCUCCUCACUCUCCCACAAUUCAGGCCCUGUGCUUGGGUCUGAGUUCCCAGUAAUGUAGCCCUUUGAGAAACUUGUUGGGGAUAAAGUCUUACUAUACAUUUUAAAUGAAAAAGGGAAGACACAAUGAGUUGAAAAGAAGAGGCUGAGAAAUGAAUCUUGUUAUCAAGUUGACUCCAUUUAUCUAAAUCCUUAGGUGUGUCCAAGGUCUCUACAAUGCCACUGGGUUACAAAUAGUCACUAAAUAAAUAAAUAAAGUAAAGACAUCCUCUUCCAGGA